AUGAUGCCGAAUCAACAAAGCUCUGCCGAAACAACCUUCAUGGAUGACCGUACACUUUUGAGCUUGCCACGUGUAAAUCGGUCAUUCAAAGCUGCCUGCGGACAAGGCAGGCUUCUUCGACGCUUGAAUGCACACAGGAGGAUACUAAGGGGAGACAUUGGGACGCCAUCCAGAUUCAAUCCUCUAGAUAAUUGCACAUUCUGCGAGGGUCCAUAUGGGAAACAUGUCGUCUUCCAGUAUGAUGAAAAUUUCAUGUCAGUCUGUGGCCCUGUUACAGGCCACGACAGAGUGCCGCGUCUUAUGUAUCCGGUCCUCUUUGGUGGCGGAGAGCUAUGUUUUGGGUACGAACUUACUGGGGUGUCAGGUCCGAAACUUGUCGUUCGGUGUGUUUCGGACUGGCGGUUGGUCGCGGAAAGAUCGUUUAAUGGGGAAGUUUUUGCUAUGAAUAGCGCAGAGGAGUGGUGCAUCUUUCACAGAGACAGUGAUUUGCUUAUUCAGUUCACUCGUCAGCAUGGAGAGAUAUCCAUAUGGAACAGUUCCCUCAGGCGCCCUCUUCACAAGCUAUUGCAUCCAACAGCAACCCAAAUAUCAGCGCUUCCCAAGCGUGGCGGCGUUGCCGCACUAAGUGCGACUGACGGCGCGGUCCGAGUAUGGAAAGACAUCAAUAAACCUGGUUGCUUGUUCGAAUUUAUCGUCCCGAAUGCGCGACGUUUUUGUCCACUCGGCCUUUGUGUUUUGAGAUUUGAUAUUGUAUCAGAUUGCAGCUUGGAUGAUGUUUAUUUGUUGGACACCGGGGAGCCUCUUUCAUGCAGGCAAGAGUGCUUGAUCAAAGGCGAGCUGUGCGCAGACUUUCUGGAUGGAGCAUAUGUUGUUAGAUAUCCGGGACAAUACCCCCAUAGCCGAAAGGAGGUGACAUUCAAAGUUUUUGACUGCACAGGCAUACAGACUGCUUCUUUUGACCACCUAUCUGCUCGAGCAUGUGUUAAUCUCAUGGGCACAUUUACCAACCACCCCUUAUCACGCGCUGUGCAAUACCUUGCGAAAACCGGGACAAAUACAUUGGAUUUCAGAUCCAUCCAGAAUCCAGGGCUGUUAGCCCUUGCUUGCCUACUUCUUGCUGUCGGAUGGCCCGGUAUUACCUGGCUUGGCUGGAUUUGGAGAGGAAAUUAUAUCUGGCUUAUUGACCAGAUUUUCAUACCUAGCCUGCUAAACUCUGCCGCGGGCCUUGUCACCACAUUGAUUAGUAUAUAUACAGCCAAAAACGGGCACUGGUCCGCGACCGCAAUUGCCGCCGUGGUUGUCACUGGCUCUUCAGCUGCUAUUGCCGGGGGGCUUCUUCUGGUGUACAAAUUUCAAAAGCUGAGGAGGAUUAGGGGGUCUUAGUUACUGGGUAUGAAAACAGAGCUGAAGGGUCAAUACCUGCUGUGGGUGGCCGGAAGAGGAUGGUGACUCUGACUAGGCAUUCUUAGCUUUCGCAAACUUAAUGACAAGCCGUGUUCAAACCUUGAGUUUUCCCAGGUUGCGAGUAACACAUGUAUCAAGGCAUCGGCGCUCUUCUUCUCGGAGAAUACAGCUGCAAAUGACGGGGUUUCCAUGAUGCUCAAUAGCUUCUCUGUAAUCAGAAUAGUUCUGGUCUGAACAACCUCCAUCCUUCUCUGAAGAUGGUUUACGGUGCUAUUGAGGAUCAAUCAGUCUUAUUCUCUUGAGAGUCUCUGUACACCUACCACUUUAAUUUCUGCACCCUAUCAACAGUCAGUGUGUUCAACUACUGGCGAGAGCAUGC